GACAAUGAUGAAAAUGAUGCGGCUUCAUCGUCAAGUUCCGUUUCAACAAAAGCUCUCGCUGAAAAAUUUCUCUAGCAUAAAGGGUCCGGCUCUUGUGCCAAUAACGCAGCACCGUACCUUUCUCUUAAAAGCACUUCUAAUGCUGCUCGAUUAGAAAGGGCCGAGAGCCAAGGACAUCGUUUAUCAUCUUAUGCGUCUUCCCCAUUACAAAAUAAAUUCUCCUCGCCAUCGCCAUCAAACACCAAUCCAAAGCAGCGAACUUCAGCAGAGCAACUUACAAUAUGUAACACUAGCAAUCAUCUCGACGAAUCAUCAUCCCUAUCCCCACACCAUAUUAGCAGUAGUAGUAAAAUUUAUCAUCCCGCUCGAUUCAGCAGUAGCAGUAUGACUACUUCACCAACGAACAAUAACACUUGCACCAACAACCAUCAAAAGCCAAUGGACUGCGUUCCCAAAUGCACAUGUAACUCUUCCACUAGCGGCAGCGGCGGCGGAGGCGUCGGCAUCGGCAACCAUAACAUCGGACCACGCUAUAGCUCGCUGAAAUCACUCAAGCUAAAUAGCGGGCCGAAUGGAGGCCUAGUUGGAGGCAAUGGAAUUAUGGAACGAAAAGCCGCCUCAACGACGGCAAAGAAACUAAGUUGUGACGCCACUACCAGUCCAGGCCGGAUGCAUUCAAAAGACACCGAUAUGACUGCUCUGAAUGAGCUGCGAAAGAAAUCCGACGAACUGAUUAAACUGGCCACUGGCCGUUCGAUUCCGAGUCCGCGAAGAGUUGUGGCCACCAGGAAUGCGGCAACCAGUCCGAAUCUAGACAUGCGCAAGUUCGGCUUGACCGAAAGAAAGCCAAAGGAGGUUGUGGCUGCUGGUGUUUCCGCCAACAACAGCAAUCAGAAAAUGGCCCUAGAGAAGUCGAAUUCCUUGGGCGAAGCGAAGCCGACGAAGCAAUUACGCACCACAAGGAGUUUGUCGCCGCGUCCACCGGUGCGCCAUCAACAUGCCAUAAUGGUGUCUGACGAAAAUGACAUCGUGUCCGUAAAGGUUUCACCCAAUGAGGACUUCGAACUGGAAAACGGCAUCAUGACCCGCAUGGCCGAGAUGAAUGUGCACGCGAUGGGUGGUGGCGAAACCAAGAACUCCGCCACAGCACCCAGUGGAGGUGGAGCUGGAUUUGGAGGAGUAGUUAAGAAAAAGCACAAAACAUCAAAGAGUGAACAAACCUCGCCGAAUAUAACCGAUUUUGACACAAAGUUUUCGUACAAUCAAACCAACAACAAGAGCACCGGGUGCCUCGUUUAUGUGCCAUCCGAUCCGUGGCUCAAGAUGUCCGACCUCGAAGAGUGUAAAGUCAACUCGCUGCACAAAAGAAAGAAUCUUCAUAAAAUGUCAAAGGAGACGCGAUCGUUGAGUCGUGGCAACAUAGAGCCACUUCCAGCUGACCCGUGGAUCUGGCGGAAGCCACCAGACUCGGCCAAUGGUCUGCCACGAACAAGUACCACCAUCAAGAAGUCACCCAAAAAAGAAGUUUUCCGCCAGGCCAAGUCGUUCUCGGCCACCAAAUUCGAACUGGGCGGUGGCGAGCACACCAAAAGCCACCGCCCCAAAUUGCAGCGAUGCAAGUCGCCGUUGUUCAUUGAAGACGACUUUCUACCACCACCAAUGUCGGCGCCCUCUUCGCCGUUCCUCAAAGCACCCGAGAACCAGUUCUCGCCACCGCCUCCACCAUUUACUGCCACACCACUUCCGCCGGUGCCGCCGCAUUAUGUAUGCAACAACUCGCCGGUUACCUCGCCGGCUCGCAAUAAGUCAGCCGUUGCUGUUGCUGUUGCCGUUGAAACGCAGCAACCUCAACAACAGGCACAACGUAGUUUUCUAGAUGUCGUCAAUCCGAAUCUUCUGCAAGCCCGUCAUAGUUUUUCAUCGAUAUCGCAGCGGGACGACGAGUUACAAUUGAACAUUAGACGACUGUCUGAGCAAAUGCGCAAAACUCAGGCGGGCAGCGCUGCUAUAAUUGCCACCACCACUGCCACUGGGGCCGACUUCAGUGACUACCUUAGACAAUUUCGCUGUAGCGAAGCUAAAAAAGCCGCAGAGGCGGCAGCACAAUUCCAACAGCAGCCACCACCGCCACAGCCGCCCCUCCAUCAUCCAUCGCCAAAAGUAACUCAAACCAAACUUGAUUCGAUGUUGGAGACCACAUGUUGAGUUGAAUAAACAAAGUACUUCGAUUCGCACCUUUCAGAUCUCUUCAUCCCCAUUUUGUAUCCCAUGUUCUUUUCUCUAUCGACACGACACGCCCAAAAAGUGUAACGUGGAAGUGUUGUAAACAAAUUUAAAUGAUAAUAAUUCUCCUUGAAAACAUUAAACAAAUGAAAAAAAACAGCAUUAUAUAAAAAGAAAGUAAUUCAUCUGUUAAUUAUAGGUUUAAAAUUAAUUAAUUUAAUUAAUAAGCUUUUUAAGAAUCUAAAAAAAUAAACAAAAUAAAAAUAAAAAUAAAACAAGAGCAACAAAAGGCAUAAUGACAUAACAAACAAAAAUGGUAAUGUAUGCAUUUAAGCAAACAAGCAAUCAUCUUCUCAUUUUAAAAAAAUAUAUAAAACUAUAAAAAUAAAAUGAUAAAACUUUUUUCUAAAUAUUAUUAUGUAUUUGUAUUAUUUUUAAGUUUAUAAUAUUUUUUUUUAUAUAUAUAUUAUACUUAUAAAUAAAUAGUUUUUUGUUUUUA